CCGAAGCAUCUCUUCCACGAGCACGGGGUCGUGAGAUAGGUGAUAUUACGAGUCCUUCCACAUUCAGCUGUCAUCGCAGGAGAGGACAGAAUUUUUUUUCCCGGAGAAAAGACUCAGCUCGAGGAGGGGAGGCCUGUGAUUCAGGACCGUAGGCUCUGAUUUCAGUGAUCCGAUUUUGGAUAACCAUCUUUAGACCAUUAGACUGGUCUGCAUUAAAUAUUGGUAGCGUAUAGCCUGCAAGAGGUAGCCAUUUGAUUCCCAUAGAGCAUGCAAAUUAAUUAUAUAUGCACUGGCGUGUAAGUGUAUUGUAGACGUUCAGUCAGUAGCUGGCAUGUUGCACAUUAUCUAAACACACAUUUAAUAUAACUUUGUGCUGUCUGUAAUUAGCCAACAUAAAAGAGCAGAGCAUGUGGCCCCAGGCCAGUCUAAGGAUUGCUCUGUGCAUCUCACAUUAGGACCUCAGGGAAAAGACUAUCAACUCUCAGGGUGUUGAUCUGGGGAGCACUGUGAGUCACCAGAUAUCCGGAUUGCUUCAUAUGCUACUCGAUAAUUAAAAGCAGAAAGCCCACCACUUGAGUGCAUCAGCUGAAAACAGAUAUCUUUGAGAGGGGACUUCCCAAAAGCAGCAAUAAUUUUUGGCAAUAAAUUCUGUAACCGGAAACAGGAAACUGGUGCGGGCUUGAGCCAAAGAGCACAGGGUUCCACGGGACUGUCAGGACACCAGACACAAAAAUUAGGUGUAUAAGGAAGGCGUCUAGACGGAUACAUUUUGCACUUUACAAUGCAUGUUUAGCGGUAGCUUUCUAAUACAUACAUUAUAUUUGCCUGCACUUUACUGACACACAGCUUUUAAAAUUUACACAUAAGCUCGGCCUUCUUUAAGUGUAGAAAACAAAAACAUUGCAAAUAUCUGUUCGGUUAUUCCAAACUUGGAGGUGCUUAGUUUAUGAGUGUCAUCUUUUGGAGCUCCAUACUUGGAGCGUUGGUGUCAAAGUUUGCACUUCUUGAGACCCCUCUUCAAAGACAACAUCUCCUCUAACGUCUGGAGACAUGGCAGCGGUGCACAUGCUGCUCCUUUCUCUUCUCUGCUCCCUGUUUGUGUACCGGUGUCAUGGGGCCUGUGCAGAGGUGGACUCUGACACUGAGGCAGUGGCUGGCAAAGGCUUCAAACUGGGCUGCAUCUCCUGCAAGAGGAGGAGUGAGGUGGAUGGUUCUGCCACCGUCGAAUGGUACUUCAGGGCCAAAGGGGAGGCUGACUUUGUUCAUAUCUACACCUACAACGAGGACGGACCCACCAUCGAACACGACCACUUUAUGGACCGCGUGGACUGGAACGGAAGUAAGAGGAGCAGCGACAUCCAGGACGCGUCCAUAUAUCUGCUCAACGUCACCUUCAACGACACGGGCACCUACCGCUGCUUCUUCAACCGCAUCCUCUUCUACGCUAACUACGAGUACAACACCGUCGUCAGCAAGGUGGUCCACCUGUCCGUGGUGGCUAAAGCCACCAGAGGAACAGCUUCCAUCGUGUCCGAGGUCAUGAUGUACGUGUCCAUCAUUGGCCUUCAGGUCUGGCUCCUCAUCGAGAUGAUUUACUGCUACAGGAAGAUAGCAGCAGCCGGGGAAGAAGCAUUGCGGGAAGCAGCAAAUGCUGAAUAUUUAGCGAUAGCUUCGGAAAGUAAAGAUAACUGCGCAGGAGUGCAGGUCGGAGAAUAGCACAGGCUUCCUUCAUGGACUGAAGACAUUCUUCCACCCUUUGACCUGCAUGUAGACAACUUGAAGGGAAAACUCCUCUUCAUCUCGAGUCUCUAUUUUACCUUUUCCUUGACAAAGAUCACAAAUGGAUAUCACAUACAGAGAGCAUGGUACCAGCACUGUAUAUAGUAUUCUGCCCGCAAAAGCAUGUCCUGCACUUACAUGAGAACCCAUUAUGCAUUAAUGAGCCACAUUGUCAGAAGCAUAUACUGUACAUACAGUAUUUAAGUAUAUGUAGUCACACAUUUAUAUAGAAUGUAUGUGGUACUAUGGUGGUCUGUUGGACUCCGUGAGGCUGAUUGUAAGAGAAAGCUUUUUACUACAUCAUCACCACCUAAUGUAUAAACAAUGAGACACACAACACGUAUUGGUAAAGUUAUUUCUAAAAUAGAAUGUGAUGGACUAUGAUAGACUUUCUUUCCAGCUGCUAGUUGUACAUUCAAUUGAA